AUGGAUAAAAAAAAUAUGAACUAUGAAAUGGAAGGUAUACUUAACUUUACGAAUGUUGUAGACAACAAAGUAAUACAGAAUGAAGAUAAAGAAAAUGUAGAAGAAAUAUAUGUAGACAAUAAAUUUGAUAAUAAAAUAAAUGAAUAUGAAAACUUUGAUGAUAUGCCAAAACAAAUGAUCUCCGAUAUAAACAAUGAAAAACAUAAUAAUCAUUUAAAUGAUUUUGUUGAAAAAAAUGUUGAAUCUUCUUUAAAUAAUAUGCAUGACACAUUUCUUGAUAAACAUUUAAAUAUUCAAAAAUGUGUUAGAGAUAAGGAAACAUUAUGUUCAUUGAAGAAUCAAAUUAUACAAGAUACAGAAAUACAACCAGAAGGGCACAAGAAAACUUUAAAUAAUAAUAAUAAUAAUAAUAAUAAUUUAAUAGGGAAUAUAUUAGAUAUAGAUAAUUUUAAUAAUUUAAAAGAAUGUAAUAAAAUUGUUUUGAAUAAAAUGGAUUUGCACACUGGUAAUAAUACAUAUGAUAAUGAUGAUGAGAAUAUACAAAUGGACAAUAAAACAAAUGAACAUGUUGAAGUAGAUGUGAGGGGAGAUGAGGAAAUACCAAAAGGUAUAUUAAAUGAAUUGCAUGAGGAUAUACCAAAAGGUAUAUUAAAUGAAUUGCAUGAGGAUAUACCAAAAGGUAUAUUAAAUGAAUUGCAUGAGGAAAUACAAAAAGGUAUAUUAAAUGAAUUGCAUGAGGAAAUACCAAAAGGUAUAUUAAAUGAAUUGCAUGAGGAUAUACCAAAAGGUAUAUUAAAUGAAUUGCAUGAGGAUAUACAAAAGUAUGUCCAUAAAAUAAAAGAAAUAAAGACAGAUGCAAAUCCUAAGAAGCAAAAAUAUAGUAAAAAAAUUAAGGAUGAUAACAUAAAGAACAAAAAUAAUAUCUCGAAUAUAAACAACGAGAAUGAAGAGAAUAUGUUUAUAGAUAAUAGUAAUAUAUAUGUAAUUAUUGAUAAAGAAGAUGAUAAUAUGGAUAAUACUCUAAGAAUAAAUCAAUCGAAUAUUGAGAAUGUCCGCACAUGUAAAGAUACAGAAGGUAUAGAAAAUAUAGAAAGUAUAGAAAGUAUGGAAAAUAUAGAAAGUAUAGAACGUAUGGAAAAUAUAGAAAGUAUAGAAAGUAUGGAAAAUAAGGAAAAUAUAGAAAGUAUGGAAAAUAUACAAAAUAUAAAAAGUAUGAAAAAUAUAGAAAGUAUGGAAAAUAUACAAAAUAUAGAAAGUAUGGAAAAUAUGGAAAAUAUAGAAAGUAUGAAAAAUAUAGAAAGUAUGGAAAAUAUAGAAAAUAUAGAAAGUAUGGAAAAUAUAGAAAGUAUGGAAAAUAUAGAAAGUAUGGAAAAUAUAGAAAGUAUGGAAAAUAUAGAAAAAGAUGUAGAUUGUAUAUAUUUUAAUAAUGAUAGUAAUAACCCAAAUGAUGAUAAUAAUAUGAAAGAUCAUGAAUCGGAAUAUAAGCAAUUUAAAAAAAUAAACACAUUAAUCUCUAUAUCUAAAACAUUUCCAAAUUAUAAUAUAACCAAUGAUAUUAAUGAAAGGAGAAAUUUAUCCAUUGAUAAAUAUAAAGAUACAAGUAAGAAAAAAAUUAAGAAUAAAAAUAUAAUAAAGAAAGCUAAGACAUAUAGUAUAGAAAAAUAUAUGGAUAGACCUACACAAAGUAAAAUAACAAAAUGUGUUGAGAAGAAAAUAAUAAUUAAUAUGAAUAAAAAUAAUAAUGCUCAUAAGUAUAGAGAAAGCAGACGAAAGAAACAAAAAAAAAAUAUCAUAGACAAAACAAUAAAAAAUAUAAAUUUAAUAAACUUAAGGGUACAAGAAAUUAGAAAUAAAGAAAAAGAAAAGAAAAAGAAAAAUGUAAAAAAUACUAAAUUAAUUAAAAAAACUUAUGUAAACAAAUUUAAUGAAAAACAAAUAAAUGAAUGUAAUAAAACAAAUCAGAAAAAAUAUUUUAUGAAUAAAAAGUUUCAAACAAUUUUAAAGGAAAUACAUAAACAAAAUAAAAUCAAAAAUAAAAUCCAAGAUAGUCAUCGUAUAUAUAAUAUAUCAAAAAAUAGGAAUAUGGAAAUAGGUAAUGUUCAUGUUCUUAUAUCCAAAAGUGAAUCUCAUUUUGUUAUGUUUUUUGAUUCAUUUGAAACAAAUCAUUUGGACAUUUACAAAAAUAAUUAUGUACAACAUAAACAAAAUGUUAAAAAUAAAGUUAAACAUAAAAUAAAUAAAUUUAUAUACAAAAGAAAAAAAAUAAAUAAUAAUUCUAACAAAACAAAACAUGCAAAAAUUAUAAAGACUGAAGUGAAGAAGAAAAAUAAAAAUGUAAAAAAUAAAACGGUAAAAGAUAAAACAAGUUUAAAAAAUAAAAAUGUAAAAGAUAAAACAAGUUUAAAAGAUAAAACAAGUUUAAAAGAUAAAACAAGUUUAAAAGAUAAAACAAGUUUAAAAGAUAAAACAACUUCAAAAAAUAAAACAACUUCAAAAAAUAAAAAUGUAAAAAAUAAAACAACUUCAAAAAAUAAAACGGUAAAAGAUAAGACAAGUUUAAAAAACAAAACGGUAAAAGAUAAGACAACUUUAAAAAACAAAACGGUAAAAGAUAAGACAAGUUUAAAAAACAAAACAACUUUAAAAAACAAAACGGUAAAAGAUAAGACAACUUUAAAAAACAAAACGGUAAAAGAUAAAAUAACUUCAAAAAAUAAGAGUGUAAAAAAUAAAAGCUUAAAAAACAAAAGAGAGACAACAAAUAAAAUCGAAGAAAAAAACGUCCGUGUUACAAAACAUAAAAAUAGUAACAAAAUAUCAAAAAUUAUUGAAAUAAAAGAAAAUACAGGUCUAAAAAAUAAAUACAAAAAUCCCCAAGUAUUCAAUAAGAUCGAUGAAUUUAUGAAGAAAAAACAUAAAAGCGAACAUAUAAGAACAAAAGGUUCAAAGAAGAUUCUGAAAAAAAACAACCUUGUUAAACAAAAGGUAAGGAAGACAGAACAAGCUAAAAUCAAAAAGAAAACUGAAAAAGAAAAGGUACGAAACAUAUUAAAAACAAGAACAAAGGAUCUCUCCACAAAAAUAAAUGAAGAUAAUUAUAAGAACAAAAACAAGGAAGGAGAAAAUGAACAAAAAGAAAACGAACAUAAUAAUAUAAUACGGGAAAGUAAAGCACAUUCAAAGGAAAAUAAAAGUGUUCAUCAUAUCGAAAAUCGGGAUAAAAAAAAAAAUGUUGACGAGGAAAAACAAAAAAAUGAAGAUGGAGCAGACGAAUAUGACGAGUGUGUUGAAAUUAUAGAAGAACAAGAAGCUUUUGAAAAAUAUUUAAAACAAUUAGAAACACUCGAAAGAAAAAAAGACCAAUUUUAUCAAGAAAUAUAUGAGAAAAAAAGAUAUUUACAAAAUAUAUACGAUCAUCAUAUAACUAAAAACAUUUGUAAUAAUAAUCAAACUGAAGAUGAAGAAAAUGAUGAAUACGUUGAGGCAUUUGAAAAUUUAGAAAAUAUAAAAAAUGUUGAAAAUAUAAAAAAUGUUGAAAACAUAAAAAAUGUUGAAAACAUAAAAAAUGUUGAAAACAUAAAAAAUGUUGAAGAUAUAAAAAAUGUUGAAAACAUAAAAAAUGUUGAAGACAUAAAAAAUGUUGAAGAUAUCAAACAUGUUGAAGACAUAAAAAAUGUUGAAGAUAUAAAACAUGUUGAAGACAUAAAAAAUGUUGAAGACAUAAACAAUUUUGAAGACAUAAAAAAUGCGGAAGACAUAAACAAUUUUGAAGACAUAAACAAUUUUGAAGACAUAAAAAAUUGUGACAACGAAAUUGAAGAAUUUUGUAGCUCAGGAGAACUAUUAAAUGAUAUAAUAAAUUUCAACGAUAAUGAAAGUGUUCAAAAUAAUUAUAGUAUAGAUAAAAAUUAUAUGUAUGAUAAUAAAUUCUUACAGAAUCAAAAAGAAGAUGAAAACAAUUCUAUGCUAUCGGGAUCAACAGAAUUAAACUCAUCAUUUAAAAAUGUGAAUAUUAAUAGCAGCAAUGUCUAA